GAGCGCAGGAGCGGGGAGCAGCGAGCAUGGCGAGCCCAUGGGACAGCCCUUCGACCAGCCUGUGGGGCACGCUGGGGCAGGCCUCCAACGUGGCGCAGCUGGUCGGCGUGGACGCGCUGGGGCUGGUCUCCAUGGUCGUGCAGGCCGCCCUGGCGGCGCGCCGCCACCGGGACGCCUGCGUGCGCCUCGCGCAGCACGCGGAGCUGAUGCGGCGGGAGGCCACCAGGCGGCCGCUGGAGCAGCUCCGCGGCGCGCUGCGGCGGUGCUACGAGCUCGUCACGGCGUGCUAGGA